UGCCCCUGUGCGCGCAGGAAGUGCCCGCAGAGGAAACGGCGGGAAAGGCGGGAGUGGGUGGAGGGGAGGAGACGCUGGGGGAGCCGGGGUUCCUGUCAUGUGAUCGUACCCCACUCCCUCACAGCCCCGCCUGACUUGGAGGGAGCUGGUCCCAGAAAGGGGCCCCUUCUGGAGGUUAAUCCUCAUCUCCACGUUAGCUGGAUCCGGUGUGCAGAGAAGGAAGGGCCAAGACCCUCAUCCCUCCUGGGCGCAAGGAUCCUGCCUGUCCUGGGAUGCUUCGCCAGCGGUCGGGGCAAUCGGGGCAGGGCCCCUGGCGACCUGAACCCCAGGCUGCAGCGGAGGCGCUGUGGGAACAGGAGAUGGAGCGGCUGUGCGCCUCGCGGGCGCCAGUGCGGAUGCUGCCUUACGCCAUGGCUGACAAGCGCUUCAUCCGGGAGCUGCGGGAGCCCGAAGGGGUGAAGACCUCGUGCUGGCAGCGGUGGCGGCGCAGGAGGGAGAGGGCACAGGUGCACCUGCGGGAGGCGGCGCGGCGGCUGGCCCGGGGCUUCGGGCUCUGGGAGAGAGAGCUCUACGAGAUCGGAGGCCUCUUUGGCACGGGGAUCCAGUCCUACUUCACCUUCCUCCGCUUCCUGCUGCUGCUCAACCUGCUGACCCUGUUGCUGACCACCAGCUUCGUGCUGCUGCCCCUGGCCUGGCUCCGGCCCCCUGAGCCAGGCCCCACCCCUAAACUAACAGGCCUCCAGUGCUCCGACAGCCAGCUGCCCCAGAGUGGCAUUCCAAGAUUCCACAACCCGCUUUGGAAUAUUUUAACUGGCAGGGCCUUCAACAACACCUAUCUCUUCUAUGGUGCCUACCAGGCAGGACCAGAGCACAGCUCAGCAUACAGCAUCCGCCUGGCCUACCUCCUCAGCCCACUGGCCUGCCUGCUUCUCUGCUUCUGUGGGACACUUCGGCGGAUGGUAAAGGGACUGUCACCGCGGCCACUCCUGGGUCAAGGCUACAGGGCGCCCCUCAGCGCCAAAGUCUUCUCCUCCUGGGAUUUCUGCAUCAGCGUGCGAGAAGCCGCCACCAUCAAGAGGCAUGAGAUCAGCAACGAGCUGAAGGUGGAGCUAGAGGAGGGCCGCCUCGUGGAGCUGGCGCAGCAGCAGACCCGGACCCAGAGGGCCUGCCACUUGCUCACCUACCUGCGCAUCAACGUUUUCAUUGCGCUCCUGGUGGUUGGAGCCAUCAGUGCCAUCUUCUGGGCCACCAAGUACUCUCAGGACAACAAGGAGGAGUCCCUCUUCCUGUUGCUCCAAUACCUGCCCCCUGGCGUCAUCGCCCUGGUCAAUUUCCUGGGUCCCCAGCUCUUCAUGGUCCUGGUCCAGCUGGAGAACUACCCUCCCAGCACUGAGGUCAAUCUCACCCUGAUCUGGUGUGUGGUGCUGAAGCUGGCCAGCCUGGGGAUGUUCUCCUUCUCCCUGGGUCAGACAGUGCUGUGCAUUGGCACUAACAAGACCAGCUGUGAGUCCUACGGCUACAACGCCUGUGACUAUCAGUGCUGGGAGAACUCGGUGGGUGAAGAAUUAUAUAAACUGAUCAUCUUCAACUUCCUGCUCACUGUGGCCUUCGCCUUCCUGGUCAGCCUUCCUCGGAGGCUGUUAGUGGAGCGGUUUUCGGGCUGGUUCUGGACUUGGCUGGACCGGGAGGAGUUCCUGGUGCCCAAAAAUGUGCUGGACAUCGUGGCCGCGCAGACGGUCACCUGGAUGGGCCUCUUCUACUGCCCCCUACUGCCACUGCUCAACAGUGUCUUCCUGUUCCUCACCUUCUACAUCAAGAAGUACACCCUCCUGAGGAACUCCAGGGCAUCCCCACGGCUUUUCCGAGCCUCCAGCUCCACCUUCUUCUUCCAACUGGUGCUGCUCUUGGGCCUGCUCCUGGCUGCAGUGCCUCUGGGCUAUGUGAUCAGCAGCACCCACUCCUCCUGGGACUGCGGCCUUUUCCACAACUAUUCGGCUCCUUGGCAGGUGGUACCGGAGCUGGUGGCCCUCCAGCUCCCGCUCCCGGGGCAGCGAGCCCUCCACUAUCUGGGUUCCCACGCCUUCAGCUUCCCACUCCUCAUCCUGCUCAGCCUGGUCCUAACGGUGUGUGUCUCCCAGUCCCGGGCAAAUACCAGAGCCAUCCAUGGGUUGCGGAAGCAGCUGGUGUGGCAGGUCCAGGAGAAGUGGCACCUGGUGGAGGACCUGUCGCGGCUGCUGCCGGAGCUGAGCCCGGGGCUCGAGUCCCCUCACUCUCGAGCUUCGCGCCCACGGUCCUUCUGCCCCGGGUUCCCAUGCCCAGGCUCCCCGGGCCCCAGGACCCCCCGGCCGGGACCUUCCGGUGCGGAUCCCACCAAGCUGAGCUCCUUAAGCCCUGGUGGCCCUGGUGCCUCGGUCCCCACCUCCAGAUUCCGCUUCCCCAGCGGCGCAGAGCCCUAGCACCCACCCUGCCUCCCCCGCCUCUGGACCAGCAGUGCCCCACUCCCAACCCUGGCACCACCUUAUCUCACGCUUCCCCCACCCACCCACUGCCCACGGCUGGCUCCGGGCCUCUGUCAGGGCUCCCCCAAAGAGGGACACGUCCCAAGGUCAGCAGGAAGAACAUGGGAAUUUCUACCUCUGUUUUUUUAAUCUCAUCCCGUCAAAUUUUCUAUUUUUUAUUGAGUGUUUUAUAGUGUACAUAAUAUAUUAUUAUGGCAACCCAUUAGUGCAAUUUACAAAUACAUAUUUUUUUGGAAGUGCUCAGAAAUUGCUUACAAAGGGAUUGCUAUCACAAACCUUUGAAGACCUCUCUCCAUGAGGCAGGAAGAUCUGGCCACAGUCUGGAGCAAACCAGAUCCCUGCACCAAGGACUCUUCUAAGUAUGUGAUGAGCCCACAGAAGUGAAGCCAGAGUCAGCAAUGGGAAGAGCUGAGGCUUGAACCCAGA